AUGGUAGCCAAUGCUCUGUGGGGAUGGUUGGAGAGGUGGAAAGAGGCUAAUUGGCAGCAUAGAGGAAAACCAAUUUGGGCUGCUAAAGAGUGGAAAGAUAUUGCUACCAGGAUAGGGAGACUACCAGUGAAAGUCCGCCACGUAGAUGCCCAUGUCCCCAAGAGCAGAGCUAAUGAGGAACAUCAAAAUAAUAAGCAGGUAGAUCAGGCUGCAAAGAUACAAGUGUCAAAAAUAGAUUUAGAUUUGGAACAUAAGGGAGAGUUGUUCCUAGCUCGAUGGGCCCAUGACGCCUCAGGUCAUCAGGGCAGAGAUGCUACCUAUAAGUGGGCACGAGACCGAGGGGUGGAUUUAACCAUGGACAGUAUUUCCCAGGUUAUCCAUGACUGUGAGACAUGUGCCACGAUCAAGCAGGCCAAGCGGUUGAAGCCGCUAUGGUACGGUGGGCUUUGGUCCAAAUAUAGGUAUGGGGAAGCCUGGCAGAUUGACUACAUCACACUGCCCCAAACCCGCCAAGGCAAGCGCUACGUGCUCACAAUGGUAGAAGCCACCACUGGAUGGUUGGAAACCUACCCUGUGCCUCACACCACUGCCCGGAACACCAUCCUGGGACUUGAAAAGCAGGUCCUUUGGAGGCAUGGCACCCCUGAGAGGAUCGAGUCAGACAAUAGGACUCAUUUCAAGAACAGCCUUAUAAACACCUGGGCUAGGGAACAUGGCAUUGAGUGGGUGUUCCAUAUCCCCUACCAUGCACCGGCUGUUGGGAAAGUGGAGAGGGACAACGGACUGUUAAAAACCACCUUAAAGGCACUGGGUGGAGGAUCUUUUAAAAACUGGGAGCAACAUCUAACAAAGGCCACCUGGUUAGUCAACACCAGAGGUUCCACCAACCGAGCAGGUCCUGCCCAGUCUGAGUCUUUGCAUGUAGUAGACGGAGAGAAAGUCCCAGUGGUACAUGUCAGAGGUCUGCUAGGGAAGACAGUUUGGGUCAAUUCUACCUCAAGCACAGACAAACCCAUUCGUGGGCUUGUCUUUGCUCAAGGACCAGGUUGUACAUGGUGGAUAAUGCAGAGAGAUGGAACAACACAGUGUGUACCUCAGGGAGACCUGAUCCUUGGUGAGCAGUAUCAUGACAUUAUCCAACAGGACUUCCUGGACAUAAAACAACUUAAAACUCUGAUGAGCAUGAGGUGGGUGGCCUCUCUCCCCAGGCCUCUCCCACCUCCCACGCAGAAUUAUUUCACAGGCCAUUUAAUGAAAGGGCACAGACGCAUUUGGAAUAAAGCCAGUAAAUGAUACAUAUCAGAAGCAGAAUUCCCAGGUAACAUACCUUUCUGUUCAGGAAAUGGCUACAUCUUUUCUGGAGACCUGGCUGCAAAAAUUGUCAAUGCUUCUUUAAUUAUUAAAUACAUACAUUUGGAAGAUGUUUAUAUAGGGUUUUGUCUUAAUGCGAAGGGAGUAGAAAUAGUACCACCUCCUUAUUCACUGUUUAACCUACACAAGGUCCCAUUUUCUCCUUGUGUGUACAACAAAAUAAUUACAUCUCAUCACAUUCAGACAUGUGAGCACAUGGGAAACAUUGCAAAAGAAGAAACAUGUUAG